AUGUUAUCGCGAGCAGCUGCGCGCCAGGCUGCGGGCCUACGGCGAGCAGCGACGCUCGCGCCGCCAUCUGCUCUUCGGCCUCGCAGCUUGCCUGCGAUUUGGACAAGAGGCAUGGCCAAGGACAACAACAAGUCGCAGCAGCCCCGAUUCUCCCGAUCCCCAAACCCGUCCGCCCAAAAACCGUCACAGGCACCAGCCACCGGCUCUUCGGCCGCGUCGACGCCUGUGCCUGAACCCCCGAAAGAACCCGCUGUCCAGCGGUCCGCCGAGCCUUCUGCGCCACAAGAAGUCCAGGAACCAGUACCCGAUCUCUCCAAGCUUCCCGAUCUCACACAGGGCAUUCCUUCGACACUAGAGUAUGAAACCACGGGAGCCACCGACCGGGCCGCCCUGGCCGCUAUUGAAGAGGGGGAAGCUGCAACAUCUGGAUCCGGCGGGGGCGGACGUCGGCCAAAGGGUGAACUCCCUGCAUCUGCGUACGUUUCAUCGUCGGAGCGGCGGCGGCAGAAGUGGGCCAUGUGGGCGCUUGCCGGCGCCGGUGCGUCCGCCGUCGUGGGUGUUGCGUACCUGGGCCGGGACUGGGACGAGGAUGAACUCAAGAAGAACCCUGACAUUCCCAACGGCUGGGGCAUUGGCCUCUGGUGGAAGCGCGCCAUAGUACGCAUGGGCAGUACCGUGACAUACUAUCAGGAACCCGCGUUCGAGAAGCUGCUGCCGGACCCGGACCCUUCGUUCGAGCGGCCAUACACGCUGUGCAUCAGUCUGGAGGACAUGCUAGUGCACAGCGAGUGGAGUCGGGAACACGGCUGGCGGGUGGCGAAACGCCCCGGCGUCGACUACUUUUUGCACUACCUGAGCCAGUACUACGAAAUUGUCCUCUUUACCACCGUCCCCUUUGCCACGGGUGAGCCGCUGGUGCGCAAGCUCGACCCCUACCACUUCAUCAUGUGGCCGCUCUUCCGGGAAGCCACCAAGUACAAGGACGGCGAGAUCGUCAAGGAUCUGUCCUAUCUCAAUCGAGACCUGUCCAAGGUGAUCAUCAUCGAUACCGAGCCCAAGCAUGUGCGCUUCCAACCCGAGAACGCCAUCAUCCUGCCCAAGUGGAAGGGUGAUACCAGGGACAAGGAACUCGUGUCGCUGGUUCCCUUCCUUGAGUUUAUCCACGCAAUGCAGUACAGCGAUGUACGCAAGGUCAUCAAGUCGUUCGAAGGCACCCACAUCCCGACCGAGUUCGCCCGGAGGGAGGCAAUCGCCAGGGCCGAGCACAACAAACGGAUCCAAGCGAAGUCGCCCCGCGCGGGAGGCAUGAGCUGGCUGGCCAGCCACCUCGGCCUCAAGCCCAGCAGCAUGAGCCUGAUGGUGGCUCCCGAGGGCGAAGAGAACCCGACCGAGGCAUUUGCUAAGGGCAAGAUGCUGCAGGACAUUCAGCGUGAGCGUGGCAUCCGGAACUACCUGAUGCUGGAGGAGGAGAUCCGCAAGAACGGCGAGAAGUGGCUCAAGGAGGAGCAAGAGGCCAUGGAGAAAGCCCAGAAGGAGGCCAUGAAGAGCAUGAAGUCAUCUUUCUUUGGCUGGUUCACCCCGGCCGACGCUCCACGGGACGGGAGCCAAAGCAGCAGCGAGACGAAGCGCAGCUAA